AUGAGCCAAGAAUACUGGAACCGUGCUUCUCCAGCGAGGGGAGCCGACAGUCAUGGGAGGAAGCCGAACAAGGUCAUACCAGUUCCUCUCGAGUACCGGCGCAAAACUCUCGCAAGAGAACGCGAUGUGUUUGUCCGGGAUCUAGAAGUCAAAACAGGCUGUGAAGUGGAGCUUCAUUGGGACCAGGGCAGAAUUACGCAGUUCGACCUCUUUGGCUCUGGCGCAGGCGUAGAAAAAGCUGUCCGCCACAUCAAUCAGUGGAUAUCCAACGCCCACGUCAAGUCAAGGGAGGCAGCGUCUUGGGCGAAAACGCCUGCUUUUGAUGCUAACAAGUGGUACUACGAGGAAAUUGAAGCGAUGGAGCUUGAGCACAAGCAAAAGUUCAAAGGCCCCGUUCCAGAUGCUUCUGAAGACGCGCGCCAACUUCUCAGGGCCACUGUGGACUGGCCGGAGGACCUUAGCAUUCAGUCUAUCACCCCUCGAGAUGUCUUCGGAAACAAGCUCGAAGCCUUGGACGACGCCAUUAGGCUGCAAGAUGAAGUCUUCGUCACUCUCUUGCCAUCUCGAGGGGGUCUUUGGCAGAUUGAGAUAUGUGGGUAUGACGACAUCAAUGUGGACAAAGCAGAAAUGCGUCUUCGGACAAUGAUAGAGAAGACGCGCAUAGAUGUGAACAACAUUCGGCCUGUACUCAACAUAAUCCUUGACGAAAAAGAGGGAAUCGACAUUGUACUACAAGAAGCUGAGCCAUGGUGGCCUGACCGUACUAACGCAAUCGUCCCACGCCUGCUUUCCCAUCCUAUGAUGGAUACACCAGGAGACUUCCGUCAAGAAGGAAUGUACUUCUCAGACUUGUCGAAGAUCCAGGACACCAUCAAGCUAGCCCUCGAGACUGUUCGACACAAGAAGGGAGCAUACGACUUUGUCGUACGCCUAGGAUGCCUUGCGCUGAACUCCACGAAAAUAGGCGGUAACGCUACUGAGACAAGGUUCCGCAAAGAGCAGUUUCUCAAGGACGUCAACGACAGAGUGGAUCUAAAUGUGAAGAAAUGGCUCGCUCAUCAUGAGCUUGGUAGUCAGAUUCUUCGUCGACUUAUCGCGGAAGACAAAUUUCUAGAACCCACGAAGUCAAGUGCUUACUAUGGCUAUACUCCCAAAACCCUGAAGGAGACUCUCCCAGUGUUCCGAGGAACAUGGGUUUUCCGCGAUCCGAAUAGACCAGGCUCCACCAGCAACACUGCACCAGCUCCCUCCGGCCCUCUCUAUGUCGUUCAAGUUGACUGGACUGACAACGAGGAUGGCAUGUACGAAAAGACAGAUUCGAGGUUCUACAAGCUGGAGGACGGCAAAUCUAGUCCCAACAAAAACAUGGACAUCAACCUUCUGGAACUUGGAGAGAGCAGAGGAUGGCAAUUCGCUUUGGAAUCCUUGAUAGGUCCACUGGCUCCAAAGAUCGUCUCACCUGUCCUAACUGGCUUUGCCCAGCGCGUGACGAUGAAGCAGAACUACGAUCCAUCUUCCGCGGAGGUCUUUGCUCAAUGGGACGCGUCAAUGCCAACGAUCAAGAGGAGUCUGAUGACCGGCCGUCUCGAUAAAGUCUACUCAUUCGGCAUCCAGAAGACUUGCUACAAGGCCGAGCUCACUGCCAUGUGGUAUCCGAGCCGAAAGUUGCCAGUAUGGGGUCUUGCUGUCCGCCACACCGAGUGGGCGAUUCAUCUCGCCGAGUUGGAGCGCCUGCCUGUUGGUCAUCAAGCUGAGUGGGGCAAUAUCGUUGCCGCCUUUUUACCUGAUGAUGGCCAGAUGUCAUGCGCUACAGGAGAUGGGGACGCUGAGUUUGGUAUGACGGAUCUGACGCUGGACGAUGAUGCCAAAGCACCACCUCGAGAUGGGAUCCGGUUGUUAACAGACAAGCUGAUGCAACUUUCGGAUAUUGUCAGUUCGGUUGUUGCUUCCAGUGAUGGAGGAGUCAACGUUUGA